AUGGCGCUCCCAUCUCCCCGCCUUCGUCACUACAGGACGAUGACAGCCAUCUGCUUCGUCUGCAACCUGCCCAUCCUGAGCCACCAGGUGGGGCUCGUCUGGCAGGGUGGCAAUGGCUGGGACGACCUCGUCCGGGAGCAGGUGGAGGAGUCGACGCUGCGUCAGCGGCUUGGCGCGGGGCGGCGCGACUCGGCGGCGCAGAUCACGUCGGUGUCGCCGCCCACCGAGACGCAGGAGACGUCGCCGCCCACGACGGCGGGCCGGCGCCGGCGCUCCUCACUGGCCCAGCUGACCGACAUCUUGCGCGAGUGGGGCGGCGGCAGCUCGCACGGAUCCCGCUCGCUGAGAGGCUCCAGCCACAAGGACCCACUCACCAGUCGGCGGGAGACGCUGGCGGACCUGGCCAAGUCGCUGCCCUGGGGGCGCUCCUCCACGACGACGUCGGCGCCGCCCCCGGAGACGCACACAUCGUCAGGCUUCGGCUUCCGCAAGAGGCGAGAGUCCUCGGCGGACGCCACGCUCACUGGCCGCAAGCGCAGGGAUUCCUCCGCCAUCUCUGACCUCAGGUCUGACCUGGCGCGGCUGUGGUCCUCGCGGCGGGACUCGAGCGCGACAUCCGGAGCAACCAUCAUCACUGCCAGGGACCCAGCUCAGCGGCGCGGCUCUGGGGAGUCGUCCAGGAGCGGUGGGCGCCGGGACUCUACCACUGUGAUCGCCUCCUCUGGCUCGAGGAGGGGCUCUGGGGAGUCUGCGCGCUCAGUUACUGUCCCUCUCGCUCUGACAAAGAUAGAUGCCACAUUCUAUGACAAAUGUAGCUUCACUAAAGUGACUCCGCACGUUGGUCUGCAGGAGCAGCGGCCGUCGACGUCGUCCACGGCGUCGGACUCGGGGCCGUCCAUGGCUGUGCCCGCGCCUCCUCCGUCCUCCUCAGCCGCCGGCGCUGCAGCGAGCCCCUGUUGGCGGCAGGUGUACUACAAGAGCCGGCGCGACUCGCGGUCGCACGCGUCGCCGGAGCGGCGCUCGUCGGGCAAGGAGUCUUCGGGCAAGUUCCCGCGGCUGCCGCGCCAGUCGACGGCCAUCGACGAGAGCUCGCUGCCGCCGGGGGUCGGCGGCGGCGGCGGGCGGCGCGGCUCGCAGCCCACGCUGUCGCCAGACCUGCAGCCCGCGUCCGACGACGGCGGCGGGGGGCCUCCGGGCCCGGGGGCGGGGCGCAAGGCGCGCCGCGAUUCGCUCAGCCCCGACUCCGCCUCCUACAGCCGCGGCCGCCGAGACUCGCGCACACACCUCUCUCCGGACAGGGACCGCGAGGUGUCGCCGGUGGGUCGCACGCGGCGCGGCCGGCUGCGGCGGCAGUCGACGUCGAUCACGGGCGGCCCGCUGUCUCGCGCGGGCUCGGUGUGCCCGCCGCCGCCGCGCUCUCCCGACUCCUGCUCGUCCACCUGCUCCUCCAGGGACCCCUCGCCCUGCGCCCGCGAGCGCGCCGGCAGCUCGGCCGGGCCCAUCGCGCACGCGCCCGCCAUCCGCCGGCAGUCCACCACCGAGGAGAUCCUCAUCGCCAGGGGGUUCCGGCGGCAGUCUACCACUGAGGAGAUGAUCCGGUGCCGCAACUUCCGGCGCCAGAGCUCGCAGUCUGCGGAGGAGUGCACGCGCUCCCGCGGCCGUCGCGACUCGUCGGCGCAGAUCAUCGACGGCACCUUCGCCACCAUGACCGUCGAGACGAGCAGCACCUUCUUCGACUCGAGCACGCAGACAGGUGAGUAG